UAUAACAAGAGUCGUGUUGAGACUAUAGAGUAGAAAAUUGAAGGAAAUGCCUUGGAAACAAGUAUAAAUAUGGAUGAUUAAGACUGCAUUUUACACAAAAACUCCCUCUCUCUCUCUCUCCUUCACUCUUUCAUUUCUUUGGCUUUCUCAUUUUCCCUAUCCUUGUUAUUUCUUUUUUAGCAUUUUGAGAAUAUGGGAAGCCAAACAAAUUCUUUAGGUGAAAAUUACACAAAAGAGUUGGAAAUUACAACUACAAAGAUGACUGUCAAAAGGAUUCUUGGCUUGGUGAUGGACAACAUAGAUGGAGAUGAUGAAAGGAAGAGGGAAGUGAUCUCUUUGGGAAUAGGAGACCCAACAGCUCAUUCUUGCUUCCACACAACAGAUGCAGCUAAGGAAGCUGUUGUUGAAACCCUUCUUCUUGAUAAAUUCAAUGGCUACUCUUCCACUGGUGGUCUUCCCAUUACUAGAAAGGCAAUUGCAAGCUACUUGUCAAGAGAUCUUUGUGAUGAUUUAUCACCAGAAGAUGUGUACAUUACUGUUGGUUGCACACAAGCUAUAGAAAUAUCAAUAUCUAUUCUUGCAAAACAAAAUUCUAACAUUUUGCUACCAAGGCCUGGCUACCCAACUUAUGCACUUUGUGCUAAUUAUAGAAAUGUUGAAGUUAGGUACUAUGAUCUUGUACCUGAGAAAAAUUGGGAAGUUAAUUUGGAGGCAAUUGAAGGUUUGGCUGACCAAAAUACCAUUGCAAUUGUCAUUAUAAAUCCUGGGAAUCCUUGUGGAAAUGUUUACUCAUAUGACCAUUUGGAGAAGAUAGCAGAAACCGCAAAGCGAGUGAAGACAUUGGUCAUAGCAGAUGAAGUUUAUGGACAUCUUGCUUUUGGAGAAACCCCAUUUAUAUCAAUGGGAUUAUUUAGUUCAAUAACACCAGUAUUAACACUUGGUUCUUUGUCAAAAAGAUGGUUAAUUCCUGGUUGGAGACUUGGUUGGUUUGUCAUUAACGAUCCUAAUUGCACCUUUAAAUCCCCUAAGGUUAUUGAGCGUAUCAAUAAGUAUCUCGACAUAUGUGCAAGUGCAACAACUUUCAUACAGGCAGCAGUCCCCAAAAUUAUUAAAAACACCAAAGAGGAUUUCUUCAGGAAUACACUCAAAAUGCUCAAGAAAAAUUCAGAUUUAUGUUAUGAAAAGAUACUAGAAAUUCCAUGCAUAAAUUGCCCUUUCAAAUCUCAAGGCUCAAUGGUUGUUAUGGUGAAGAUCAUUACAACUCUCCUCCAAGAUAUAAGUGAUGACAUGGACUUUUGCUUUAAGCUUGCCAGAGAGGAAUCUGUCAUUCUACUUCCUGGAACUGCUAUGGGACUAAAAAAUUGGGUUAGAAUCACAUUUGCAGUUGAGCCAUCUUGUCUUGAAGAAGGAUUAAAAAGACUGAAAUCUUUUUGCCUCAGGCAUUCCAAGCCCAAAAAAUGAUGUGUUAAAUUAUUUGAUGUUAAUUCUCUGAAUUUUAUUUUGAUUUUCUUGGUCAAUUUGGCCAAUAAAUUUGGAAAGAAUAAUGUUUCUUGUAAAACUUUGUUGAGUAGGAAGUUAUUUUUGUUAA